GUCGAGUAUUGUCUGCUGGUCUCGCAAUGAGCAGCUGAGCAAGACAUUACCUGCAAGGGGGAAGCGAGGGGGGAGCCAAUAACCCCUAACAUCCACAAGAAUCUCCCGAAGUUUCUGAGUUUGGCACGCCCCAGCCUGCACGGCAAUCCUCUUGUGGUGUAAGGAAAUUAAUAUCCAGAACUCUCGUAGGGACGUGGGAUGGGCUGGUCAGAAGAAGUCCAUGCUCGUCGACUUCUUGACCUGAAGGAGAGGAGAAAGAAGGAGAAGAGCGCUGGGAAAUAUGCAGUGGCGGAAAUAAGAGGCAACUCAGGCAGCCUUCCAGUGGCCAUCCUUGUUGGCACUGUGGCGUCAGUCGUGGCGUGGCGGAAAGAAGGGCGCUUUCUGCGUGGGAGGGACGUGAGGCGGAUACCAUACAUUGGCAGCUGGUUGGCAGAACAUGUGCCCAGGUGGCGAGAUGACUCGCCCAGGAAGAAAGCUGCAGCAGCUGCCGCCAGGCGAGCCAAGGCGCAGAGCAGCUCUGGCAGAUCAGAGGCGACGGCGGCAUUUGAGGCAGUCAGUGCGCUGCAUGCGCAGCAGCCGACAGCGCCUGUUCAGGCUGCAGCCCAGUCAGCAUCUGCUGCCACCAGCAGUAGUAACCCCCGCGCCGACUUCCUGCCGGCCUCCGCGCAGCAGGGCACCCCCAAAAAGCCGCGCAACCGCAAAAAGACAAAGAGGAAAUAGGUGCUCUCUUUCUGGAUUCUGAGCGGCAUUAUUAGAGAAACUUUCUGACGUAAUGAGAAUUAUAGCACACAAGCGGCAACGGAGAGCAUUGCCGGCCAAAGAGCCUGUGUAGCAAAAGAGUAUCACCUCCUGCAAAUUAUUACCUGCCUCUUGCAGGCGAGAGGUGACCGCAACGCUUCGAUAAUGGUUGUGAGCACGAUCAAAGAAUUGUGCAAAAUCAGUAUAAACUAUUGGAGGAACACCUCAAGUUUAGGCAACAAGGAUGGCCUUUAGAAUUUGGUGAAACUGAUUGACCGGCAAACUGGUCAGCUUGGUUGGAGGCAUGUAUGCAAAUUUCACCCCCAGCUCUGCUCUAAACAGACCAAACUGCGACCUCUACCAACCUUUCUUGCAGCGCUGCGAAGGUGGGACCUCUAAUUGCAGUUACUAAGAUCCACAGUAGUCCAGAAAAAAAUGUCCUACUAGUACUGUCUGAUAUCAUGAUAUCACUAUCAAGUUGAUAGUAUCAACAUGGCCGCUCAUUGGCGUUUUUCCAAGUCUUUGAGUCCAAUGUAAUGCCGCACAAUCUCAGC